AUGGAAGAGAAACAACAGCCCACUAGACGCAACACAGAACUCGACGAGGCUGGAACGCAAAACGGAGAGAAAGAAGAUAAGAAUCUAAAGUUGGCAGGAACGCGACAUCACACACGCAGACAGGGCAGGAACGCGACAUCACACGCAGGCAAGGCAGGAACGCCACAACACGCAGGCAAAGCAGGAACGCCUCAACAGGUAGGCAAGGCAGGAACGCGACAACACGCAGACAAUGCAGGAACGCCACAACACGAGGCAAUGCAGGAACGCCACCACGCAGGCAAGGCAGGAACGCCACAACACGCAGGCAAUACUGGAACGCAACAACACGCAGGAAAGGCAGGAACGCGACAACACGCAGGCAAUACAGGAACGCGACACCGCGCAGGCAAGGCAGGAAAGCAACAACACGAGGCAAGGCAGGAACGCCACCACGCAGGCAAGGCAGGAACGCCACAACACGCAGGCAAGGCAGGAACGCCACAACACGCAGUGGACAGUCUAGUGAACAGUCUAGUGAACAGUCUAGUGGACAGUCUAGUGAACAGUCUAGUGAAACAGUCUAGUGAACAGUCUAGUGGACAGUCUAGUGGACAGUCUAGUGGACAGUCUAGUGAACAGUCUAGUGAACAGUCUAGUGAACAGUCUAGUGAACAGUCUAGUGAACAGUCUAGUGAACAGUCUAGUGAACAGUCUAGUGGACAGUCUAGUGAACAGUCUAGUGAACAGUCUAGUGGACAGUCUAGUGAACAGUCUAGUGAACAGUCUAGUGGACAGUCUAGUGGCCAGUCUUGUGGACAGUCUAAUGAACAGUUUAGUAAACAGUCUAGUGAACAGUCAAGUUGA